AUGAAUCCUCAAACUAAGUCUACAUCCUUAUCGGCGGAUCUAAAUAAUUUCAUAUAUGGAGUUUCUAGAAGAAAUUUCCAAAAUGCACCGGAGUUAACCAAGAUUGGUAUUUCGCUUUUAAAAAACUUCCCUGCUGCUAGAGACGCUGUUUUGGAAUAUUUUGCUAUGGUGUUUCAUGAUGCAGUUAAUGUGUCAAUUAAUCAAGUGGAUUACGAGACUGAUUCAAGUGUCAAUGGAUCUUUAGAGAGUGUAAGCAUGAUUGGACCAGAACUGUGCAAUCUCGGUGAAGCAUGGGCUCCCUUUAUUGCACCAUGGUGUAUCAAUCUGAUUAUGAAUAUAGCAACUGAUAAGGCUAACAUACCAAAUGCUACAUUACAAUCAAUUGAUCCUGUCAGAGUGCUCUUAGAUAUCACAACACAAAACUUAACUUUGUUGAAUUCAGAAGAAAGAGCAAAGUGCAUUGAUAUGAUGUUAGGCUGUAGAGCAUGUUCAUGGGCAGUUGGAUGGGUGGGCAGAGCGGAGCCUGCUUUAGUGGCUCCUAGAGCUUUAGCACUCGGACCUGAUGCAGCCAGGGCUGUGCUGGCGCAUCUUGCAAACCAUCCUCCCGCAUUGUUCCAUGUAAGAGCUGCUCUCGUUGAACUGUUCCAGGAAGCUAUCAAAGUGGACAGUCAAGCUGAUAAAAAACGGGAAGUCAUACCAUAUCUUCUAAAUUUGGCUUCGAAAUCGGAUAUAGUUUUGAAAGCUCUUACACAGGAUAUUGAAAAUACAUUGACGGACGAAGUAAUGGAGCGGCUUUGUGCAAUAUGCGCAGCUCACAGGCACAGCGGAGCAUGGGAGGGAGUGGGUCCUGCUUCGCUUGUGACGUUGCUGUUGCGUUCUGAUAUACACUGUCUCUUCUUGCUACUUAAACACGCGCAGAAAAAUCUGUUUUGCAGGCAGUUGCUUGAAUAUCUUCUGCAAAAGCUCGAGUAUGAGUGCCUGUUCCCUGAUAGAAAUGUUCCUCUGUUGACAAGUGCAGCGGAGGAGAUUGAGAUUGUGAGAGAAAAAUUGCUAACUGGCAAUCAGCUAGAACAAUAUUCUGUAGCAAGGAUACUAAUUUUAGUGUGUUACAAUCUACCUUCAGAAUUUGUUUCCACAAUAAGCUACCUUCUGCAACAUUCCCGCAACGAUACAACUCUUGCUCUUCUCGUACGCAUUAUAUCGGGUACGAUAACGAUGCACACCCCUAAUGACUCGACAGAAAUUAGUACAGAUACGGAAAGAUACCAGAAUUUCAUUAAAACUGGGGUUGAAUACGCAUUGAGGGAGUCAAUGAUGUCCGACACUCAGAUCAAGCGAUGCUUUAUAGAAGGCAGUGUACCAGAGGACGAAAAGACAUACUUGCACUAUUUUUGUUUGAAUAUCAUUACGUUAUUGAGAUGGGAGAGUUCGAACCGAGUUUCACACUUGCGCACUCGGCCAAUCGGUCGCGCGGUGGAAUCGAACCUGCAACGUUUCGGCGCCGCGCUAUACGAGUACGCCUCGCUGCUUCGCAUACGCACGCCGUACACUAUGGCCUCGCUGCCUGAAAUGCCGACAUGCCAUGCACUUGCAGAGGUACUGGACCGGAUAGACAUGUCGGGCACGAAAGCACCGCCCCCAAGUGUGGAGGCGAUAAUAAAGGUCGUGCAAGCUACGGUCAGAUACUUCUUUAGGUGCUUACAUAUACAAGAUAUAUUAGAGAAGAUGCGCGGUGUGCAGAGCGCAUGCCGUGUGCUGCGCAAGCUGUGCGUGCACAGCAAGCUGGCGCGCGGCGCUGCGCUGCGCGAGCUGCUGGAGGCCGCCACGCUGCGCGAGCAGCGCGCGCUCGGCUCCCGCGCGCACGCGCACCCGCGCCACGCCGACCCGCUGCUGCUGCACCUCAACCUGAAGCACGGUCCAAUAACCCAGUUAACACAGAGCCACACGUCGGUGUUCCACGCGGGUAUUAUUGGCAAGGGUGUGCGUAAAGCCAGCAGUCAAGAUGACGGCAACGCAAUACCGCCCAUUUUGACCACCAACAACGAACUGCUCAUGGGCGCUUUGAUGUCGUGUAUGGAUGGGAACAGUGGCAUAGUGGAAGGAGCAACAUCAAUUUCAUUGUUGUUGGUAGAAUUAGUGUCACCUGAUGUAAUGUACAAUGGUUUGCCAUGGCCGGAUGAGGACUUUACUAAAGUGAGCAUCGAGCGCGAGCUGUACAUGCGCGGCGCGCUGGAGCGCAGCGCGGAGUGCCGCGCGGCGCUGCGGCGUGCGGCGCGCGCGCGGCCCGCGCUGUGCCUCGCGUCCGCGCUGCUGCGCGCCGCCGCCGCCACGCUGCUGCACCGCCUACGCGCGCACCUUGAUCGACACACGCAAUCAGCUGAAAUCGCACGCGAAAUGGCUGCAUUAAGUGAACUAUUGACCACAAUGACCCUUGGACAACUGCUGCCACACCCGUUGAGCCACAUGCUUGAGCUAGCACCGGAGUUGACUGCCAGUGAGCUCGUGCAGGUAUUACGGGAUUGCCUAUGGAAUUAUACGAGAGAUCACGUGCCAUCGCCUGCGUUGUUUACAUGUGAUUCUACAGGUCUUCACUGGCGUGACCCUUCUACAUGCAAACCACCGGCCACGUACACGGACACGCUGCGUCUAAUUAUUCAGAAGAGAAUAUCGAAGUUGGGCCACUUAUAUCCCAUUAUGUUUCUGAAUCUUGAAAAAGAAAAUUAA